AUGGAGGACGAGGGGAGCGGCGGUCGGAGCCGGGGACCGGACGGGGACCGCGCCAAGGCCGUCGCGCUCGCGCCCUUCGCGUCUCCGCGAAGGGCCAAGACGGUGAGGAUGUCCGAGGCCUGCGACUUCAUCAUCCCCUACGCCGCCGACCAGGGCCGCUCCUCCGGCGAAGAGCGUUCGCCGGCGGGCUCGUCGGGCUCCGCGGGAGCGGUGCGGGCGCUCGGACCAGCCAGCGGCGGCGACGGCUCGUCGUCGCUUUCCGGCGGCGUUCCGUGCGAGGGCGCGCUGCAGGACACGCCGGACUACAUCCGGAGAAGCGCCGCGCGGCACAGGGUCGCGCCGAUGGAGCUCUUCUCCACCUCAGUCUCGCCGCCGCCGCCGCCAGCGCCUGCGGGACUUGGCGCCGCCGCUGAGGGGAUGGCUUCUAGUGAGAAAUGCGAUGCCGCGGGUGGGGUGUCCGAGAGCGAGGCCGUGGGUGGUGGCCGAAGCGACUCAGAGAGCCUGCAACCGGAAGAAAUUGAGGAGGAUAAAUCCGAUUGCUGUGGCCUGCUGAAACAACAGUAUGGUGUGCUUCUGCGGGAGAAGGAGUGCAGGAGGCUGUUAGAGGAUCUGAUGAGGGAGAACGAGCUCAAGACCAGGGAAUGCCGUGAAGCCCAGGAGUCGCUCCAUGAUCUGCAGAUGGAGCUGAUGAGAAAGUCCAUGCACGUUGGCUCACUAGCCUCUGCAGUGGAAGGGCAAGUGAAGGAGAAGAGUCGUUUGUGUCAAUUAUUAAAAGAAUUGAGCGAAAAAUUUAUGGUUUUAAAGUCGGAGCACCAGAAUCUAAGACAAGAGUCACUUGAGUACAAAAAAUGUGUGUUAGAUGCUUCACAAAUGUCCACAACAAUUCAGCAAUAUGUGAAUCAAUAUGUAAGUUUGGAAUGCGAGUUUAAAGAUCUUAAAGAAAAGUUUAAUGAAGAGGCAAAGGAGCGGAAAGAUUUAUACAACAAGAUUAUAGAGCUAAAGGGCAAUAUAAGAGUAUUUUGUCGGUGCCGACCACUUAAUGCAGAAGAAAUAGCAGAAGGAGCUUCGUCAGCCAUUGAUUUUGACUCUGCAAAAGAUGGAGAACUCAUUGUUAGGGGUCAUGUAUCUUCUAAAAAAGUAUACAAAUUUGAUUCUGUCUUUAGCCCUGAAGAAGACCAAGAAAAGGUUUUUGAGAAAACUGCGCCAUAUGCAAUUUCGGUGUUGGAUGGAUUUAAUGUUUGCAUCUUUGCUUAUGGGCAAACCGGUACUGGUAAAACAUUUACCAUGGAAGGAAUUGAAGGUGCUCGCGGUGUUAACUACCGGACUCUAGAAGAACUCUUUCGAAUAAUUAAAGAAAGAGAGGGCACAUUCCAAUAUGAGAUUACUGUCAGUGUUUUGGAGGUGUACAAUGAGCAGAUUCAUGAUUUGCUACUUACAGGAUCUCAGCCAGGCGCAACAACAAAAAGACUGGAAGUAAGACAAGUUGCAGAAGGGGUUCACCAUGUACCAGGACUUGUUGAAGCACGGGUGACUAACAUGAAUGAGGCUUGGGAGGUGCUACAAACUGGCAGCAAAGCUAGAGUCGUGGGUUCCACAAAUGCUAAUGAGCAUAGUAGUCGAUCUCACUGUAUACAUUGUGUAAUGGUCAAAGGAGAAAACUUGAUGAAUGGAGAAUGUACAAAGAGCAAAUUAUGGCUAAUUGACCUUGCUGGAAGUGAACGGGUAACAAAGACAGAUGCACAAGGAGAAAGAUUGAAAGAGGCACAGAACAUAAACAAAUCACUUUUUGCACUUGGUGAUGUCAUAUCUGCUCUUGCAACGAAGACCCCACAUAUACCCUUUAGGAAUUCGAAGCUAACACACUUGCUACAAGACUCACUAAGUGGAGAUUCCAAAACUUUGAUGUUUGUUCAAAUCAGUCCUAAUGAGAAUGACGUGGGUGAAACUCUUUGUUCGUUGAACUUUGCAAGUAGAGUACGAGGCAUAGAGCUUGGUCAAGCUAAAAAGCAAGUCGAUGUUGGUGAAUUGUCAAGAUACAAGCUCAUGGUUGGGAGAGCCAAACAGGAUAGCAAGAACAAAGAUGCUCAGAUUAAAAGUAUGGAAGAAAGGAUACAAACACUUGAAGCGAAGAAUAAGACAAAAGAUUUGCUCACUCUGUAUCUCCAAGAGAAGAUCAAAGAGCUGGAAUCACAACUUCUAGUUGAAAGAAAGAUAGCACGGCAGCAUGUCGACAACAAGAUUGCUCAAGACCAUCUGCAGAAGCAGUACGGCAUGAAAGAAGAGAACUCGUACCUGAGAAGCCCAAUGGCCGAGAGGAACCUCAACUCCACAGCAGAGAAAGCAGCAGCACCUAAAGACUUCGGCAUUUCCAAGCAGAUGUUCUCUGACAGCAACGUUGACACUUACAGCUUCAAGCAGCUGAUGUCACUAGGGGACGAGAAGGAGAACAACCCUGAAGCUGUGCAGCUGCCGCCGACAAUGAAAGCGAGACGAGUCUCACUCUGCAACGGUGGAGCUUACCAGCAGCCGCUGAACCCGGCUUCGCGCCGGAAGUCUCUGAUACCGCCUCCACGGCGCAACUCGCUGCUGCCAAUGCCCACAGCAAAGCCUGCAGCAGCAGCAGCACCAUCGCCGCUUGACAAGAUCACGGAGAACCUGUCCUCGCCCCCGCUGUGCUCUCCUCCGGUUGUCUCCAUCGACAAGGGCAGCAGGAGCAAGAGGAUCAAUAGCAUCCUGCGGCGAAGCCUACAGAAGAAGGUAGUCAUCAGGCCAUCUUUGGCGGCGCAGGCAGGGAAGAAAGCCGGUGCUGCUGCCGCCCAGGGGACUGACAACGCACGCAGGGUUGCACGGCGAGUGCCGGUGAGCGGCGGUGGGCAGAGGGUGCAGCGGAACAGGGACAAGGAGCGGGGGUGGAACACCGGGACGAGCCUCAGGAACAACUUCUGA